CUUUUCCUCUAUUAUUUUCCUCUCAGCUUCUCGCAGUUUAAAAUGGCGGCGUUGAGCAGCGCCGAGUCUCCACCGCCCGUCUUUAACGGAGACGCCACGGAGCGGGAGCCGGGAAGGGAGAGCGGCCUGGAGGAGCUGGGUCCAGGUUUGGACUCUUCGUGCUCCUCGGGGAUUCCCGGAGGUCCGCAGGAGGAAGAGAUCUGGAACAUCAAGCAGAUGAUAAAGCUGACACAGGAACACUUAGAGGCUCUGCUGGAGAAAUUUGGAGGCGAACACAAUCCUCCCUCCAUAUAUUUGGAGGCAUAUGAAGAGUAUACUAGUAAAUUGGACGCCCUGCAGCAGAGGGAGCAGCAGCUACUGGAAGCCAUGGGGAAUGCCACAGACCUCUCCUGCACCACAAGUCUGUCAAGUCUGUUGGAGGUCAAGAUGGGAGGUGAUGGAGUUGGAGGUGGAGCUCAGGCUCUUUCCUCAGCUCCCAACUCAUUAGCAGUCCUGCAGACCCCCACCGAUACUGGACGGUCCAAUCCACGCUCCCCCCAGAAGCCUAUUGUCCGUGUGUUCUUGCCAAACAAACAGAGAACAGUGGUCCCAGCCCGCUGUGGGAUGACUGUGAGGGACUCACUGAAGAAAGCUCUGAUGAUGCGGGGACUCAUCCCAGAGUGCUGUGCAGUCUAUAGAAUACAGGAUGGAGAAAAGAAGCCUAUUGGCUGGGACACAGACAUCUCCUGGCUGACCGGAGAGGAGCUCCACGUGGAAGUGUUGGAGAAUGUGCCACUUACCACACAUAACUUUGUGAGGAAGACCUUCUUCACAUUGGCCUUCUGUGAUUUCUGUAGAAAACUGCUGUUCCAGGGUUUUCGCUGUCAGACCUGUGGCUACAAGUUCCAUCAGCGCUGCAGCACAGAGGUUCCUCUCAUGUGUGUCAACUAUGACCAGCUGGACUUGCUGCUUGUAUCAAAGUUCUUCGAGCAUCAUCCGUUCAGCCAGGAAGAGGUCUCCUCAGAGGGAACCACACCCGUGUCUGAGCUCUGUCCAUCUCUCCCCCCAUCGGACUCCACCGGCUCUAUAUACCACACUACAGUAUCCCCAUCCAAGUCCAUCCCCAUUCCAAAUAGUUUUCGGACCAGUGAGGAAGACCACCGCAACCAGUUUGGCCAGCGAGAUCGUUCGUCCUCCGCCCCCAACGUCCAUAUUAACACCAUUGAGCCUGUCAACAUUGAUGAUCUUAUUCGUGAUCAGGGCUUGCAGAGGUCAGAUGCAGGUUCUACCACUGGGCUGUCUGCCACACCUCCAGCAUCUCUUCCUGGCUCACUGACUAGUGUCAAAGCACCACAGAAGUCACCAUGCCAACAAAGGGAACGCAAGUCUUCAUCAUCGUCUGAAGAUCGCAAUAAAAUGAAAUCACUGGGCAGAAGAGACUCCAGUGAUGACUGGGAGAUUCCAGAAGGUCAGAUCACCCUGGGUCAGAGGAUAGGCUCUGGAUCCUUUGGAACUGUCUUUAAAGGAAAAUGGCAUGGUGAUGUGGCUGUGAAAAUGCUGAAUGUCACUGCUCCCACUCCACAGCAGCUUCAGGCCUUCAAGAAUGAAGUGGGCGUCCUCAGAAAAACGCGUCAUGUGAAUAUCCUGCUGUUCAUGGGUUACACAACCAAACCCCAGCUGGCCAUUGUGACCCAGUGGUGUGAAGGCUCCAGUCUCUACCACCAUCUGCACAUCAUUGAAACCAAAUUUGAGAUGAUCAAGCUGAUCGACAUCGCCCGGCAGACUGCUCAGGGCAUGGAUUACCUACAUGCCAAGUCCAUUAUUCACAGAGACCUGAAGAGCAACAAUAUUUUCCUGCAUGAGGAUCUGACUGUGAAGAUUGGGGAUUUUGGUCUAGCCACAGUCAAAUCUCGUUGGAGCGGCUCUCACCAGUUCGAGCAACUGUCUGGUUCAAUACUUUGGAUGGCUCCCGAGGUGAUUAGGUUGCAGGACAAGAAUCCCUACAGCUUCCAGUCAGAUGUGUAUGCUUUCGGCAUUGUGCUCUAUGAGCUCAUGUCAGGAGCUCUGCCCUAUUCCAACAUUAACAACAGAGACCAGAUUAUUUUCAUGGUGGGUCGAGGUUACCUUUCUCCAGACCUGAGCAAGGUCCGCAGCAACUGUCCUAAGGCCAUGAAGAGACUGAUGGCAGAUUGCUUGAAGAAAAAGAGAGAAGAGCGACCCCUCUUCCCCCAGAUUUUGGCAUCCAUUGAACUUCUGGCUCGUUCAUUACCCAAAAUCCACCGCAGCGCCUCUGAGCCUUCCUUAAAUCGAGCAGGCUUUCAGACGGAAGACUUCAGUCUGUACUCCUGCGCCUCACCUAAAACUCCCAUUCAAGCUGGAGGUUAUGGGGAGUUUUCUGCAUUCAAGUAAUUACAGCCAGCACAAUAGUCCAUCUCUUAUCACCUCUCAAAUGUCUUGUGUUCUUGCAAUGGAUUCAUCUAUUCCUGGAAAAUAAUAAAAAUAAAAAAAACGGUCUUGAAGAAUGUGCAAUUUUCUUCCUUGGCCUGCCAUGAAGGAGAUGCAUUCACUAAAGGUUCUUCACAACAAAGCCUAAGGACAGAUAAGAGAUUGAAGAAAAACAAGAUGCAAGAUUUUUGGACAAAAUUGGUUUUAGAUGAAAAGACGUGAACUCCAUAGAUCGGUUUGUAUCUUUGAAGCAAAGCUGGAAUUGUCGUUCUGGCAGCUGAACUACUUUUUGAUGGACAGCAGAGCCGUGCCAGAUGAAGAGGCCUCUUGUCUGUCAUUAGUCCCCUGAAUUAAGCCGGUGUUUUUCUUGAAGGAUGUUAACAUGAACAUUGUUUUUCACUUCUCACCCUUUCAUACUACCACUACCUUUUGCUUAGAGCACCGUCCAUCUGAAAAGCCAUUUUAGAGGAAUAGUUCCUUGGAAUUGUGCCGCAGGCUGUCUUGUGUUUCUUUGACUCUUUGUGAUCUUAAUUCUGCUACAGAAAAAACUGUUUUACCCUCAUGUUUGGACUAUUUCAGUGAUAAGAAACCGAAACUCAAAUCUACAGAUUUUGUUAUUUUGAAAGAAUUUCCGACUCCUCUGUAAACUUGCUGGUCAGAUCUGUUUUUCAAACAGCAGAUUCUAUUGGUUAAAGUUCUUAUAUAGAUAAUUUCCUUCUACCUUUUAUCCGACUUUGGGAUUAUCUAUCUGCAUUUCCCAAAGCAGUCUGGAGCCCUCCAACAAACUGAACCAUUCAUAUGUUCGGGAUGAGACAUCUUUGAAGUAUCUAAACUGCAGAAACUCCUCCACACUGUCCCUUUAUUCAAACUGUCCACUCGUUCAUUCUAGAUCAGUGCUUCUCAACCCUGGUCCUCAAGGCACACUGCCCUGCAUGUUUUAGGUAUUUCCUUGCUUCAGUGCAGCUGAUUUCAAUUGAUGACUGAUUAACAGGCGUUUGUUGAACUGCAAUCAGU